GGGAAAGCAAUGGAGCUAUUAUUUUCAGCGAGGUAGUUUCCUCAGCGCCUGCCCUUGAAGGCCCGGACAGACGAGACUCAGCCUGCCUGCUCCGUCUCCGCCAUCUGCCACUCCUCUUUGUUUAGGUUGUUUACAUUCUUGAGGUUUUUUCCCGUCCCCGUUUUCCGGAGAGAAGUCGGCGCUCUCCCCCGGCCAGGAGGCUCAGAUGGGAGGCGCUGCAGCGCGAGGAGGCUGGUCAUGCUGAGCGGAGGCAGGGAGGGCCUGUUCGAGCUGGGCAGGCAGCUGCAGCAGCAGGGGGAGUCCCAAGCCGCCCUGCACUGCUUCCUCAGCUGCCUGCUGGGGCUGACGCACGUGCAGAGCUUCAACUCGCUGCCUAACUGCCUGCACCAGAUUGCAGAACUGUUCAUCGAGGAAAAGAAUUAUGUGAAAGCGCUCCAGUUCAUCCAGGCUGAGAAGAUGUUCUACGAGGUGGCGUUGCUGGAACUCACUGCUCUUCAAGGGAGCGCUGGUCCCCAGGAGGCAACUUCGCUGGGAUCGGCAGGAUGGGAGUCGCCGGAGGAGCUGUCGGAGCAGGCCGCUCAGGCUCAGGACUAUGAGAGGCUGGCCCAGCUUUGCAUCAUGAGUAAAAGACCACAUCUUGCUUUGGAGUACAGCGGCAAGGCCACUAAAAUCAGACAGAAAGCCUUUGGCAAUGACCACCCCAUUACAGCCAGGAGCCUGGAGCUGCUGGCAUCUGUGUAUGCUGAGAUAGGCAAAACCGAGUACACAGAUUCUCUGGGUCAGUGUGUUUCGGCGCUGUCUAAGAGGUUUUCUGCGACGGAUACAUUCAGAGACGCGCUCAAUGGCACCCCGCCAACCCACCGGGAGAGACGCUCCGAGGUCCGGCACCACCACAGGAAGGACCCGCAUCCUCAUCAGGAAGUCUCAAAGCAGGUCAGCAGUUGUAAAAUCCCCACCUCCAUCUUGAAGAGGCCCAAUUGCAGUAGCAUGGACUCAGAGCUGACUCACCGGCGGAAACCAGAACGACGGGUUCGCUUCAGGGAGCCCGAACUCACUGUACACGCAUACGACACGUCCGCCAGCCGCCCCCACCUGGUUCUCUUCACCUGCCUGUUCCUGCUGCUCUCCGUCCUGGGGGUGGUGCUGUACUGCAUGGACCGCCCGCGGCCGCAGCGCAUGUGCGAGGAGCUGGAGGCCAUGUUGGCCGUCUACCUGCUGCAGAUGAAGCAGGCAGUGUGGGGCUGCUGGGUAUGGCUCACCAUGCAGUGACAGAGACCGGCCAGAGGUGGGGCCCUAGAGCACUCCUUCCACAGCUUUGCCCAAGUCUUCAUAGGGUCGUUCCCUCCUACACGAGCAUCGCAUCCUCUUGGUACGGUGCUACAACACACGUCCUAGACUGUAACACUGCGCUUACUUAUGCUGAUAUAUAAAACACUGUAUAUUCUGAGUUAUGUAGCACUCACAGCUGUGUAAAUAAUUAGGUCAUUGGAAUGCCUUGUUUAUGUUGUUGUUCAGUCUUUAGCACAUUUGUAAUGUUGCCACUUAAUGAUUUUUCUCACCAAAAUUUCCAGUUGGACAUUUUUGGGUACCAUCAAUGUGGGUGAAUGCGUCCAUGGCAUCCAGAAUGUUUCAUUAAAAUUAAAUGUUACAUUCACAUUUUAAUAUUUAAAACAAAUGGGACUUCACUAGUUCAUUAUACAGAUAUCGUAAUGAAAGGAAAAUCACAAAAUUCAUUGUUGAUGCACAUGCUCCAAAAAAUUUAUGACAAGAAAACAAUUAAGCAGAGUUGAUUAAUUGAGACAAGCACAAAUAUUACCACUUUUGCAAAAGAUAAGUUAAAUAAGACACAACAACUUUACAACAUAUUUAGUUCCUCAUCAUCUGCAUUUUCAAGCCAGGUCUUGUUUAUUUUUAUUAUUUACUACAUGUGAUAUACAUAUAUUUUUCUGGUAAAUAAUAAAAUAUUUAUGAACUUUAUGCAGAACAUUAAUUCUACCCACGUGGAUGGUACAUUUGAUUUGUAGUUCACCAUUGAACAAAGCGUAUCUAUUAGCACAGAAUUACAUAUUCAAUGUAUAUGGUAAAUUAAUCAUAUGAGGGAAACCUGUUUUCCUUAAGAGUGUACAGUUUAUGACUUCUACACUUUAUAGAUAUAGUUACAAAAAUGCCACAAGGAAUGACCUUUUCCGUUACAGAGGAAAGCCUGUGUACUGUACCUUUUCUGUAUAUCUGAAUAUGGUGAAGCAAGAAAUAUUCCCUUGUUUGAUUUUAAGUACAUUUUGUAUAGAUUUUGCUAUCUGUUAUUUUUUCUAUUUUUUAAUUGCUCUUUGGUAUUCAGAUUUUAAUCUUAAUGUCGAAUGCUAUUCAAACUAGCAUUUUGGAAUUAACAAAUUCUUAUGGAAUUCUAACGCAUAAUGUUUGGUGAAAUAGUUUGUGUAAGGUGUAACACGCUGUACUCUGAUACUCAGUGAUCUGUUACUGCAAUACACUGUAUAAUGGUAAGCACAGAAAAUAACUACUGAACUAACUUCAUUAGUUUAGAUAUUUAACCCAUACAUUACCUUUUGAAAAAUAUGUGUACUCUUAAAUUUAUGUUUUACAUUUCAAGAUUAAUUCAGGCAUUUUAACCCAUUUGACAGGACAAGAAGGAAAAUAAAGACAAAUACAGUAAUGAUAAAUGUAUGCUAUGCAUUAUUUUAAUUUGAAAGCGAUAAAACACAAAACACUUUCCAAUAAUUUGCAUUCUUUACAUGACAGGUUUCAGGGAACACAAUAAAGCAAGACAGUGCAAAUGUUACACUUGAAUUUCAAAGCAAUAUGAUGUAAAGGUUUCCAGAAGAAUACUGUCGGUAUUAACACUGAAUGUUUCAUAUUCUGUCAUUCCUACUGAACUGUCACCCCUCUCAAGCAAUAAAAAAAUAUCCCCAGAAAGUUGACAUGGUC